AGUACUGUACACGAGUUGGGUCAAAAAAUUCCAAUUCAAUAAACAAAGUUCAACAUUUAAAUCGACGAGGUAGAGCGUAUCAGCAAUCGAAGUGACAAUCGCAGCUCCCUCCUAGAGCGCAGACCUUCUCUCUAGCUCUCUCCGUCUUUGCGUUGUCUGGCUCUCUGUCCUCCUCUGUUUGUCUCGAGCCAUUCGUUCCCUAGCUCCCGCCUCUUCCCCCAUAUUCAAAGUCCAGAGGGAAUAUACGGAUAGGCACUCCUCCCUCUUCAUCCAAAACAAAUAUUCUCCGAAUGUUCUGCUUUACUGCUAUUCGUUGCUCGGUUUUCCCCAUUAAUCCUCUCUCUAUGUAUAUGCCUCUGCUGUCUCUGUCUCUUCUUCACUUGUUUCCACCUGCCCAAUCACCUCAGAUUGGCUUUUUCACUUCAUUAAGGGGGGAUGAUGGAAGGUGAUCACAGGCCUCAUACGGUCAUUGCUUAUGAUGCAACAAGGGAGCGUAGUGAACAUGAAUUUGGAUCAGCUUUGAGGAAUGUAUGCAUGAGAGGUGACAUUCUUUGUAAAGGACAUGUGCUUGUUGUGCUUGGCGUCUUGCACAGUGUAACAAACCCUAGUCCGUUUGCCACAGUGGGAUACCAAACUAAAGCUUGCAUUGAUUCAUUUGGUGGAACCAAUUUGCGUACCCUGGAGGAAGAAGUCUCUAAAAAAGUUGAUAUUUUUAUGAAUUUGCUUCUUCGAAUUCCUCAAGAAUGCAAAGAUGGGAUUGAUGUCAUGGUCAAAAUAGUUGCUGGAACGCCAAUCAAGAAAGUUGUUCUGCAAGAGGUUAUUUCUUGUAAAGCUGUUUGGGUUGUUCUCGACAGGCAGCUCAGAAGGGAUUUGAAAUUUUAUGUAAGAUACUUGCCAUGCAAGGUUUCCUUACUAGAAGAAAGCCUAACAGUAGUUGUGUUGAGGUCUUUUGCGACGAAUGAUCCAGAUGUUUCACAGCAAAGUCCAUUUUAUUCUCGCGUGAAGUUUGUUCAACUCAAAUCUAAUACUCAUGAUAAUGUUUACACUGAGCAAUCUGUUAUUUCUUGCGGAAGUCACCCCUCUUUUAGUUCUCACGAUGACUCUGAGAUCCAGAAGCUGUCUGUUGCAUCUUCAUCAACAGACAAUCACCAAAAAGAGGAUGUCUUAUCUGUAAAGAUGGAAAAUUUACCUUCUCGAAUUCAAAUAUUGGGGGAUCAUUCUACAAGGAAAAAUAGGAGUGCAUAUGAACAUCAAAGCUUGCCUAGCAGUUAUGAGAAUGAUCUCCAGAGCAGUUGUUCUGAGAAACCAGUUCUUUGCUCAGGUUGUGGGUUGCGUACUGUUAUGUAUAUCAAGGAGUCAAUGAGGUUUAGUUUCUCAGACAUUCAAGUUGUGACAAAUAAUUUUUCAGAAGCAAACAUGAUUGGGGAAGGUGGAUAUGGUCGUGUAUAUAAGGGUACACUUAAAGAUGGCCAAAUGAUUGCAGCAAAACUACAUAAGAAAGACACUGCAGAAGGUCAUAUGGCAUUUUCCUCUGAAGUCUUCAUCCUUGGAUUUGCACGACACAAGAAUAUUGUGAUGCUAUUGGGUUAUUGUUGUAAGGAUGACCACAACAUUCUGGUGUAUGAGUAUAUCUGUAACGGAUCUUUGGCUUGGCAUUUAUUUGAUAAAUCUGCUGAUGUGUUGGAGUGGCACAAGAGACAAGCCAUUGCUGUUGGAAUAGCAAGAGGAUUGCGUUUUCUACAUGAAGAAUGUCGUGCUGGUCCAAUUAUUCACCGGGAUUUGCGGCCCAGCAAUAUACUAUUAACUCAUGACUUUGUUCCCAUGUUAGGUGAUUUUGGGCUUGCUAAAUGGAAAACAGAUGAAAGUUCUAUUCACACUAGGGUGCUGGGUACAUUUGGAUACCUUGCACCAGAGUAUGCAGAAAGUGGUGUUGUGUCUGUUAGAACAGAUAUUUAUGCCUUCGGAGUUGUUCUUCUUCAACUGAUUUCUGGGCGUAAAGCAAUUAACUUCAGUACAGGAGAAAACCAAAUGUUAUUGAGAUGGGCAGAACCACUUAUUGAAAGGCUUGCAUUACAUGAAAUCAUUGACCCACGUAUAGGAGAAUCAUAUGAUACAAAUGAGUUGUACAAUAUGGCAAGGGCAGCAUACUUGUGUGUGAGAAGAAAACCAGAAAUGCGUCCAUCUAUUGGAGAGGUGCUUCACCUUCUUGAGGGAGAGAAUUAUCAUGUUCAAGAACUAUUGGAACAAGUCUUGCCAUACUAUGCCAAAAGUUAAAUAUUUCUUUUCGUUGAUGACAUAGUUUGGAUGCAAAUUUAUAGAUCAAGGCCUGUUAGCAGGGCAUAGUAUUAGGAACAAUACCAGCUUUGUCGCUCACAAAUAAGUAGUUUUCUAAGGAUAAAAAUGCCUCAUGAAUAUAUUGAAAUUAUAGAUA